CUGUUACUGUGUCCGCAGUCUCUGGUCAUCCCCUGCACUGUGUCCGCACAAAAGUCUCUGGUCAUCCCACUGUUACUGUGUCCGCAGUCUCUGGUCAUCCCAUGUACUGUGUCCGCAGUCUCUGGUCAUCUCCUGUACUGUGUCCGCAGUCUCUGGUCAUCUCCUGCACUGUGUCCGCAGUCUCCUGGUCAUCUCCUGCACUGUGUCCGCAGUCUCUGGUCUAUCUCCUGCAUAUGUCCGCAGUCUCUGGUCAUCUCCUGUACUGUGUCCGCAGGUCUCUGGUCAUCUCCUGCACUGUGUCUGCAGUCUCUGGUCAUCUCCUGCAGUAUGUCCGCAGUCUAUGGUCAUCUCCUGCAGUAUGUCCGCAGUCUCUGGUCAUCUCCUGUACUGUGUCCGCAGUCUCUGGUCAUCUCCUGCACUGUGUCCGCAGUCUCUGGUCAUCUCCUUGCACUGUGUCCGCAGUCUCUGGUCAUCUCC